AUGAAUUAUUAUUUUUUCAUUUGUGUUCUUUUAUUUAUUGUUGGUACCAUUAUUAUUUAUUAUUUUGGUAAAUUAAAUUUCAACAAAAACACCCACAAUUACGAAGGUUGCCAAUGCUCUUCCAUUAAUGGUGAAUUCUGCCGUUACUGUACCAUUAAUGACCAAAACUGUGCAAGAAAACAAGAAGAACGUCAACAACAACAACAACAACAACAAUUACAACAACAACUGCAAUAUCAACAACAAAGAAAACAAAUCAAUGAACAAUAUCAACAACAACAACAACAAUAUCAAAAAUUUCAACCAUUGGUCAAUACAAGAGGGUUGUCAAGUACUCAACCUCUUAAAUUAAAUGAAACUCAAAUGGCAGAGAUACGUUUAAAGGAACGUAUAAAAUUAUAUUCAUUGAUGGUCAGAAGGGAAAUCCCAGGCGAUGGAAAUUGCCAGAUACAUUCUCUUUCUGAUCAAAUCUAUGGUGACUUGUGCCAUAGUAGAUUAAUUAGAAGCAAUAUUGCACAAUGGCUCAGAAAUAAUAAAGAUUUCAAACUUCCAAACGGAGCCACCCUUUCUAACUUUGUCUCUGAAGCAAGUUGGGAAGAUUAUUGUAGCAAUAUGUCAAAAAAUGGUACAUGGGGUGACCAUUUAACACUAGUCGCCGCAGCUGAAUUAUAUAAAACAAAUAUUACAAUUAUUUCAUCAGUUGCAUCACAAAAUAGUUUCUUCAUUGAAAUUAAACCAAGAAUCAAAAGCGACCGUAAUAUUAUAUUAUCCCAUUUUUCCGAGUUUCAUUAUGGCUCAUUAUCCCAAAUGUGUAGAAUACCAAGAGAUGUAGCAAAACAAAACCAUUGGAGUAUUUCCUAUCAUUUCAUAUCAUUAAAUGUACCAACAUUUUUACCAAACUACACAAUUAAUAAUAAAAGUUUUUCAAUAUCAUCAAUUAAAUCAUUAGAAUUACUAUUAAAAUAUCGAAGUAAAAGUAAUAACAAUACAACAACAAAAGCACCAGAAACUACAACAUUCAGUUUAAAAAAUAGUAAUAGUAACUAUAAUUUAAAUAGUAUUAGUGAAUAUAGCAAUCUAAAUAAUAAUAGUACCAGUUUAGCCCGAAGCUCAAGUUGUAGUUGUAAUAGUAAUGAUAGCAAUAUGAGUAGUGGUAGUAGCGGUUGCAACAAUAAAAAAAAGGAAUUAAAAUCACCACCAAAUUAUAUACUACUACAUUUAAAAACAUUAAAUAUCGGUAAUAUUCAAGAGACAUUAGAUAAGUUUCAUUCAAACAGAGCUGACCACCCAAAGAUUACCUUGAAUAAUAAAGAAAUGUCUCAAGUAUUCAAAUAUUAA